AUGUAUAUCAAACUGGUGGGGAUUUUUUUCUUCGUCUCUUCCUCUAGAUUGUAUUUGGAACUGCUUGUAUAUCUGGUUUUGAAUUUCUUCUGGGGUUUCGGAUUUGUUUUGGUGAAGGUUAUAAUCGAAGGAUUCAAGAGCUACAAAGAGCAAGUUGCUACUGAGGAUUUCAGCCCCAAGGUUAACUGCGUUGUUGGGGCAAAUGGGUCUGGAAAAAGCAACUUCUUCCACGCAAUUCGUUUUGUGUUGAGUGACAUCUUCCAAAAUCUGCGGAAUGAAGAUAGGCAUGCAUUACUCCACGAAGGUGCUGGUCAUCAAGUUGCGUCUGCGUUUGUGGAGAUUGUGUUUGAUAAUUCUGACAACCGCAUCCCGGUUGAUAAGGAAGAAAUGCGUUUGCGCCGAACGAUUGGUCUGAAGAAGGAUGAAUAUUUCUUGGACGGGAAACACAUUACAAAAAGUGAAGUUAUGAAUUUACUGGAGAGUGCUGGAUUUUCUCGUUCCAAUCCUUACUAUGUUGUUCAACAAGGAAAGAUAGCCUCAUUGACACUGAUGAAAGACCCAGAACGGCUGGAUCUGCUAAAAGAGAUUGGUGGUACCCGUGUUUACGAGGAGAGGCGCCGAAAUAAACGAAAGCAGAUCAUCCAAGUUGUCCAAUACUUAGAUGAAAGACUAAGGGAAUUGGACGAAGAGAAAGAGGAACUCAGAAAAUAUCAACAACUUGACAAGCAGAGAAAAUCACUCGAAUACACCAUUUACGACAAAGAGCUUCACGAUACUAGGGAGAAACUAGAACAGGUAGAAGUUGCAAGAACUAAGGCAUCUGAAGAGUCUACAAAAAUGUAUGAUAGAGUUGAGAAGGCCCAAGACGAGUGCAGGAGCUUAGAUGAAUCGCUGAAAGGACUGACGAAGGAGCUUCAGACAUUGAACAAGGAGAAAGAAAUUGUUGAAGCAAGAAAAACUGAAGCUAUAAAGAAGAAGACAAAACUGGAGCUGGAUGAGAAUGACUUUAAGGAACGGAUUGCUGGAAAUAUCCAAUCUAAGAAAGAUGCCCUUGAGCAACUUAAUAUGGUGGAAAGAGAGAUGCAGGAUUCUGUGAAGGAAUUAGAGGCGAUUAAUCCUUUGUAUGAAAGUCAAGUUGACAAGGAGAAGCAGACAACGAAAAGAAUCAUGGAGCUGGAGAAGAAGCUUAGUAUUCUUUAUCAGAAACAGGGCCGUGCAACUCAGUUUUCAGAUAAAGCUGCUCGAGACAAAUGGCUCCAGAAGGAGAUUGAAGAUCUUAAGCGUGUUCUAGACUCAAAUCUGGCUCAAGAGCAAAAACUUCAGAAAGAAAUUCUUGCCCUCAAUACUGAUUUGACAGAGCGAGAUGCACACAUCAAGGAACAUGAAAUUGAAAUUGGUGAACUGGAAUCUCAAAUUUCCAAGUCCCAUGAAAAUUUCAAUAAUAAAAAGAUGGAGAGAGAUGAAGGACAGAGGAAAAGAAAGGAAAAAUGGGGAGAAGAAAGUGAGCUAUCGUCUGAAAUUGAGAAGUUGAAAACGGAACUUGAAAGGGCAAAAAAAAACCUUGAUCAUGCAACUCCAGGGGAUGUAAGGCGAGGGUUGAGUUCUAUUAAACGGAUUUGCAAUGAGUAUAGGAUCAAUGGAGUUUUUGGUCCACUUGUUGAGUUGGUUGAUUGCGAGGAAAAGUUUUUCACUGCAGUUGAAGUCACUGCUGGAAACAGCCUAUUUCACGUGGUAGUUGAGAAUGAUGAAAUUUCAACCAAGAUAAUUAGACAACUCAAUGCUCUAAAGGGUGGACGGGUGACCUUCAUACCCCUGAACCGGGUAAAGGCGCCUCACGUAAACUAUCCACAAAGUUCUGAUGCAAUACCACUGCUAAAAAGAUUGAAAUUCGACUCCAGAUUUGCACCAGCAUUUGGCCAGGUUUUUGGUAGAACAGUAGUAUGUCGGGAUCUGAAUGUGGCAACAAGAGUUGCUAAGAGUGAUGGCUUGGAUUGCAUAACUUUGGAAGGUGACCAGGUGAGCAGAAAGGGUGGCAUGACCGGUGGAUUCUAUGACCAUAGGCGGUCGAAAUUAAGAUUCAUGAAUACCAUCACGCAGUCUGUUACUGAGCAGCAGAGACUUGAAGCAGAGUGGACGCAUAGAAAGUUAGAGGUGGAGCAACUGAAGCAAGAGAUAGCUAACGCAAAUAAGCAGAAACAUGCUAUACGUAAAGCCCUUGAAAACAAGGAGAAAUCAUUAAGUGAUAUUAGAUCACAAAUUGAUCAGCUAAGAUCUAGCAUGGCCAUGAAGGAAGCUGAAAUGGGAACGGAACUUGUGGAUCACCUAACCCCAGAAGAAAGGGAGCAAUUGUCACGGUUGAACCCCGAAAUCAAAAAUCUUAAGGAAAAACUUGUUGCGUACAAGACAGAUCGCAUUGAGAGGGAGACAAGAAAAGCAGAGUUGGAGACUAACUUGUCUACCAACUUAAAGAGGAGAAUAAAUGAGUUACAGGCUACAAUAGCUUCCAUCGAGGAUGAUAGUUUGCCUACUUCAGCUGGCUUAAAAACACAAGAACUUGAGGAUGCAAAAUUGUUGGUUGAAGAGGCCACGAACGAGCUCGAAAGUCUCUGUCGCAGCAUUGAUGAGAAGACUAAGCAGGUCAAGAAAAUAAAGGACGAGAAAGCAAAGUUGAAGGCAUUGGAGGAUGAUUGUGAGAUGACAGUGCAAGAUGCAAAUAAAAAGUUGGAGGAACUAUUCAGCCUUCGUAACUCACUCCUUGCUAAGCAAGAAGAGUAUACAAAGAAGAUUAGGGGAUUGGGUCCAUUGUCAUCUGACGCUUUUGACUCGUAUAGACGGAAAAAUAUCAAGGAGCUGCAGAAGAUGCUACAUCGGUGCACUGAACAGCUGCAGCAAUUCAGCCAUGUAAACAAGAAAGCGCUUGACCAAUAUGUAAAUUUCACAGAACAACGAGAAGAACUUCAGAAUCGGCAAGCAGAGCUUGAUGCAGGAGAUGAGAAAAUUAAAGAACUGAUAACAGUUCUGGAUCAGCGGAAAGACGAAUCUAUAGAACGUACUUUCAAAGGUGUUGCACGUAACUUCCGGGAAGUAUUCUCUGAGCUUGUGCAAGGUGGACAUGGUCACCUCGUCUCGUUUACUGGUCAAGGUGAGACCCAGUCAAUGAAGCAAUUGUCAGGAGGCCAAAAGACCGUUGUGGCCCUCGCGUUAAUCUUCUCCAUCCAGCGAUGCGAUCCUGCACCAUUCUAUCUAUUCGAUGAGAUUGAUGCAGCACUUGAUCCUCAGUACCGAACUGCUGUCGGAAACAUGAUUCGUCGUUUAGCUGAUGAUACGGUGAGCACGCAGUUCAUUACCACAACUUUCCGACCUGAGCUUGUGAAAGUUGCGGAUAAGAUAUAUGGAGUGUUUCAUAAGAACAGAGUGAGUAUUGUGAAUGUUAUAUCAAAGGACAGAGCGUUGGACUUCAUUGAGAAAGAUCAGGAAGGUUUGGUGCAUUUGCAUGUCUUGAAAGAGCUUGUGUGA